AAAAAAGCCUAUGAAAAAGGUACCAGGGGCAUCUCAUGGGGCCCCCUACUGACCCCGGGCCCUUGGGCAGUGCCCGAGUUUCCAAAUGGUCAGUCCGUCCCGUUAGGGUAUCAUAAUGUCAGAUUAGGGCAGCAUAGUAUCAGAUUAGUGCAGCAUAGUAUCAUAUUAGGGCAGCACAGUGUCAGAUUAGGCAGUAUAGUGGCAUGUCAGAAUGCCCGCUGCAGUCCUGCUAUAACUCGCUGAUUGCCGCCAGUACUAGUAAAAAAAAAAAAAAAAAAAAAAAAUUCCAGUAUAUAUA